GCCAUGGGUGACGCGCAGGGCCGGACAGGCCAAUGGGCUCGGGGUGGCGAGCGGGCGGGCCUGGAGGCCUGGGUUUUAGGACGCUGGCAAGCAGCCGGCGGGACAGACUGACGUGUGGUUGCAUCGCAGGAGGCGCAUGGCGGGGAUGGCGCUGGCACGGGCCUGGAAGCAGAUGUCCUGGUUCUACUACCAGUACCUGCUAGUCACGGCGCUUUACAUGCUGGAGCCCUGGGAGCGGACUGUGUUCAAUUCCAUGCUGGUUUCCGUUGUGGGGAUGGCACUGUACACUGGAUACGUCUUCAUGCCCCAGCACAUCAUGGCGAUUUUACACUACUUUGAGAUUGUUCAAUGACCACGAUGUAACCAGGAUCUAGAGGUUCCUUGGGGAAGAUCCACCCUAUGAAGUUGGAAUGAGACUUCAUCAGAUGUCAUAAGAAACUCUACCAGAUGUCAACAUAACCAACCUUAUAAAUACAGAGACUAAGAUCCAUGAGUAGAACAGGAAAAUCAUCCUGACUCAUGUGUUGUGUUCUUUAUUUUUAAUUUUAAAAGAGGCUCUUGUAUAGUAGUUUUUGUCUAUUUUAACAUUGUAGUCAUUUGUACUUUGAUAUCAGUAUUUUCUUAACCUUUGUGACUGUUUCAAUAUUAUCCUGUGAAAGCUUUUCUUAAUGUAACUUUGAGUACAUUUUAAUUGCCUUCUAUUUUUAAAACCCAAAGUCAUUAGUUGGGCUCUACUGUUCUUGCUAUUGUAUGGCAUAUACAUCUGCCUGGAUAUAUUUUUACUCUUGACCAAAGUUUUGUAAGAAACAAUACACGAUUUGGGGCCAGGGGCGUGGGAGGGAGGAUAUUUUAUUGAAGAACUACUUACAAAAGACUUCUGUAAGCUUGAACUCAGGAGUACAGUUUAGCUAUCUAGACUCUUAACAGCUUUUGCUUUAAAACUAUUCAAGUGUUUCUUAGCAAUGAAAAGUAAAAGAUCUUGCUAAAAUUAAAAUAAGGAACACUUUACCUUUUAGAUAUUUAUUCAUUAUGUAGACUUAUUUCUAGAAAACUUUGGUGAUGAUUCUUGACAACAGAUGGAUAAGUAGAAUUAUUAUGUAAUGCUUGUAUAUACUGUAGAGUUUUUAAUAGAAGGUAAAUCAGUUUCCUCCAAGGGCCACUAUUAACAGUAUAUGUACUUCCUUGAAUUUAGUUUUCAUGAUUGUAAUGGGUGCUGCAAAUGCAUUUGCACAUUGCAAUAAGAUGUGAUGAGAUGAAUUGUUAAAAACUAUAGCAGCAAAAAGAAGUGUAAAUUUGGUUAAAAUUCUUUCACUCUUUGUAUUUUUUUUUAAGAUUUUUAUUCCUUAAAUGUAAAAUGACUACCUAAUUUUUUGAUGUAAGCUCAUUAAAUUCAAAGAGAAGAAAAAUCAGCUAAUGUAGUGGCAUGUCUUUUUUCCAUGGUUUAAUAUUGAUCUAGUAGUUGUAUUUCUGAGUUGAUUGCUGUGGAGGAUCAGAGAAGCAAGUGAGUAUAAGUUAGAUUAUAUAUUUUAAGAUAGCAUAAGUUUUGCUAAUUUUAAAGACUGCAGGUAUUGUUGGCCCUAGAUUUUAAAGGCUAGAAUUUUGAAGUGCUUUCCAAUUCAGAGGCCUCAAAUAAUAUGCAACACUUGAGUUUUUUUUUCUUUUAAGAGCUCAUCUGUAUCAUCCCAAUUAGAUUGGAUAAUAUAAUAUAAACCCAAUAUGGAUUAUAUGUUACUGUUUAGUUUUAAAGUAGUUAAAAAAAUUGGUUAAGGUUUUAUGAGCUGUAUUCAUACUCUUUCAGGUCAAAUAAUGAAUUUGAAGAUUUAACUUGGGAUUUGUUGAAUUAAUGUUCAAAUUUGCCAUUCCUCUGUUGUCCCCCCAAAAGAACUACUGAUAGGGCUAGGGUUGUAGCUCAGUCGGGGAGCAAUUGCCUGGCAUGUGUGAGGCACUGGGUUCAAUUCUCAGCAUCACAUAUAAAUAAAUAAAUAAAGGUUAAUCAACAACUUAUUAAAAAAAAAAAGAACUACUGAUAAGUGGAUACCUAAUAUCCCUUGGUGUGUUGAAGAUAGGAUAAAGUGAGAAUCACUAUUUAGGUGGGUACUAGAUUCUCUACCUGGUCCUCAGAACUUUUUAAUUUGUCCUCACUCUGCUGAAAUCCAUUAAAUUUCUGUUGCAUAGCUGA